AUGUCUAGUUUCAAAAAAUUCACCGAUUUCUUAUUUUCAAAACAAUCACUUAAAUAUAUGUGUACUACCCACUUCUGGGGACCAGUAUCUAAUUUUGGUAUUCCGGUUGCUGCAAUUCUUGAUUUAAAAAAAGAUCCUGAAUUAAUUUCUGGUUCAAUGACUGGUUCAUUAAUUUUAUACUCUUUAGUGUUUAUGAAAUAUUCAUUAGCUGUUCAACCUAAAAAUUACUUAUUAUUUGGUUGUCAUUUUGUAAAUGAGAUAGCUCAAUUAGGUCAAGGUUUUAGAUGGGCGAAAUAUCAUUAUAGUGAUAAAGAAAAAGAAGAUCCAAAAUUAAUAAAAAAUUAG